AUGGACCAUCAGGAAAAGUAUCCAAUAGAUACAGUGAAAUGCAGUAAUAGAAUAAAAUUCAAGCUAAUUGACACAACUAUCAUUGGAUUAAAGGGACAACUUAAAUGUUUAUUUCCUAUAUUCUUAGAGGAUUCACAAGGUCUUAAAAAAUAUAAAGUAAAUUUGGGUGACACAAACAAGUGUUUACUAGUUAAGUUUGAGAAGAGAGUACUAGAAAAUUCAAAUAGGAAUUUGUGGGAAAUCCUAAGAUUACAAUAUAAUACAUGGGAAACCUUCAAUUUUAAGAUAACACAAUGUAAACCAAGAAUAGUAAAUGAUAAUAAAGUAGACGAAUCUUUGAGUUUGGAUUUCAAAGAUUACAUUUUAUUUAACAGAUAUUAUAUCAUAAAUAUUUUGCUUCUAGCAUUAUUUUAUUGGAGACUUUUAAAAAAGUAUAAAUAUAGGAAAGUAUUAUAUUUUAUAUCUAGAAGUUCAAUGAUUGAGAAACUUGAUUUAGAGAUAUAUGACAAACAUAUAACAACAAAGGACCUUCUUAAUAUAUCAAAUUCAAGUAAAGAUUCUGAAUUGCUAAUUUUUAUGGAAUGA